AGGGUUGGUAGAGAAUAUUCGGUAAAUUUCGCAUGUUAUUUACUCUAGUCCUUAGCCAAAAAAUUAAACAACAACGAAAAAUGGAUCAAUAGUUAGUGUUGUAAAUUACUUUUCCGUUAUUAUCUUGAAUAAUGUACUAACAGCGAAAAUAAAACUAAAUCAUUUAGAGACUUUCGAAUUUUUUUAACUCAGAUUGGUAGAACGAUCGUCUCAUUCUCGCGGGAAGUGUGUUUUCAUAAUCAUAACCUAAGAAUUUAAACAACAAAGAAAGAUGAUGCGCAAUUUUGCACCCAGUCAGUUAAAACGUCAAGGCUCUUCCGAGCAAGCAAGCUCACCAGGAAUUCUUUCUACUAAACGAACUCGGAAUCAAUCAAGUGAAAACCCUUCAAAAAUACGAAAACCUUUAUCACAAUUAAACAACACCGAAGUUUACAUAAGUGACCAUGAGGAACUCAUAAAAAAACUUUCCGCCCCCUUUAAAUGCCCCGACCCCAACUACCAAGGCUGCAAUUCGACCCGCACCCUGGGCCUCCGUCGCAGCGUCGCCCCUCGCCCCUUAUACGACCCCAACACCCCCAACGCCCUCAUCCUCUACUCGCCCCCCGAGCAAAGCGAGCACGAAAAACUGAAAGGCGACGGCCCUGUCCUCGUGCACGUCGUUGUCGACCCGUCCUUGAGCAACAUCCUGCGCCCCCAUCAGCGCGAAGGCGUCAAAUUCAUGUACGACUGUGUGACCGGCGUCCAAAUCCCCAACUCGUUCGGCUGCAUAAUGGCCGACGAAAUGGGACUUGGAAAAACCCUACAGUGUAUCACCCUCUUGUGGACCUUGGUCCGGCAGGGCCCCGAAUGCAAGCCGACCAUCGACAAGGGGAUCAUAGUCUGCCCCAGCUCCCUGGUCCGGAACUGGAGCAACGAGAUCGACAAGUGGCUCAAAGGCAGGCUGAGCUGUCUCAUCAUGGAUGGGGGCCCCGAUGCCAGGAAAAAACUGACCCAGUUUAUGCAAGGCUUCGGCCGGACGGCAAUCCCAGUGUUGAUUAUUUCCUACGAGACGUUUCGGAUGCAUGCCGAGAUUUUGCACAAAAGUGAGAUUGGAUUGGUGUUGUGUGACGAAGGACACAGGUUGAAAAACUGCGAGAAUCAGACGUAUAAAGCCUUGAUGGGGCUCAAGGCCAGGCGGAGGGUUCUGUUGAGCGGGACGCCGAUUCAGAACGAUUUGUUAGAGUACUUCAGUUUGGUGCAUUUUGUCAAUGAAGGGCUGUUGGGAAGUGCUCAGGAGUUUAAGAAAAAGUUUGAGAACCCCAUUCUGAGAGGGCAGGACUCCACUGCCACGGACUCAGAACGACAGAAGGCGGUUGAACGGCUUAAGGAAUUAUCAGAUUUGGUGAAUCGUUGCCUAAUUAGGCGAACUUCCAACCUUCUUACUAAAUAUCUCCCGGUGAAGUUCGAAAUGAUUGUAAUUUGUCAACUGACCCCGUUGCAAAAACAAAUCUACUUGAAUUACAUCAACUCGGAGGGUUUGCGCAAGGGCGUGUUGAACGACGUUGAAGUUAAAGCCUCUCUGAGUGCCUUAGCCAGCAUCACAACGCUGAAAAAGUUGUGCAACCACCCUGAUUUGAUCAUGGAUAAGAUUCUUGAAGGUGGGGAAGGUUUCGAAAAAUCGCGCCACUUGCUCCCGCCCAAUUAUAAUGAUAAAGAUGUGAUGCCGCAAUUGUCUGGAAAAUUGAUGUUGCUUGAUUGUUUCCUAGCCAAUUUGAAGAACAACUACAAUGAUAAAGUCGUGUUGGUGUCGAACUAUACGCAGACUUUGGAUCUGUUUGAGAAGUUGUGCCGGAAGAGGGGGUACCGGUAUGUGCGUCUUGACGGAACUAUGAGUAUUAAGAAGAGGGCUAAAGUUGUGGCGAAUUUUAAUGAUCCGGAGUCGGGGGAGUUUAUUUUUAUGUUGAGUUCAAAGGCGGGAGGGUGUGGCUUGAAUUUGAUUGGUGCUAAUCGGUUGAUUAUGUUUGAUCCGGAUUGGAAUCCGGCGAAUGAUGAUCAGGCUAUGGCAAGGGUGUGGAGGGAUGGGCAGCAGAAGCCGUGCUAUAUCUACAGGUUCUUAGCGGCGGGGACAAUUGAGGAAAAAAUUUUCCAGAGACAAGCUCAUAAAAAAGCCCUGAGUUCGACUGUCGUUGACAAUAAUGAGGAAACGGCGCGACACUUUAGCGUCGCCGAAUUGCGUGAUUUGUUUAAAUUGGAACAAACGGACUCGGACACACACGAAAAACUCAAAUGUAAACGGUGUUUAGGUAAAAUACAAACGAAAAAUCCGUCCGAUGAGGCUGAUUGUACGUCGGAUUUGCAAGAUUGGUACCAUUGUUGGGACAAAAAAGGGCUGGCAGAUAUGGUUCUUAAACAAAUAUGGGAUUUGUCCAAAUACAUUUCCUUUGUGUUCCAUCAAAAAUCAGCCAAACAGGAAGUUAAACGAGUUAAGGAAGAAGAAGUGGAGGAAGAUCCUGAUUACGAUGAUAAGGAUGAUUUGGAUUAUUCGGAAUAGUUGUAUUUUCUAUCUGUUGUUAAAUAUUAAAUACGGAUUAAAUUUUUUUUGCAUU